CUUUCGUUUUUGAAGACGCCAGAAAUUCGUUGACUAUCCAAACUGCAACUAUUUAAAUCAUACAACCACAUGUGAAAGUAAUGAGUUGUGUACUUAAGAUAUUCGAGUAACUAUCGGAAAGGACUUUCGUUCCACAUUCUCCAAAAACAAAAUUGAUUUGGCAGCCUGUCCACACCGAACAGAAUCUGUCGAAAAAACGGGAAUUGGUCAAAACAGAAAACAGUUUCCUCCAUAUUAGGCACUCAGAAAAAUGGAUGCAGUUCCCGGACGAAAGGCACAAAUUGCAUCUGGAUCGGCUCCUGACGUCACCUACUGCCAGCCAUGCGCGGAGGACGGCAAGAAAAUCCUCCCUGAGGCCUUCUGUCCCGUCUGUAAGGAGUUCCUGUGUCCGAGUACACCGAAACCAGAAAAUAACCAAAAGCCAUGCCCUCCAGGACAAGGACAGUAUGCCUUCCUCAUUCAAUGAAGAAAGUGAAGAUGAAAAGUUUACAGAAACAUGUCAGCUUCAUGCUAAAGAGUUUAUUAAAUAUUACUGUUCGCGUCAUGAUGCACUUUUAUGUGGAGACUGUUUAGUUGAGAAUGAAGAACAUCGCUCUUGUAAAGUAGAGAAAAUCAUACAAGUGGCAAAACAAUACAAGCAGUGUGCAGAAUACAACAACCUUAAAACAGGACUUGUCCAGUUGGACAGCCACAUCGACAAACUUUCACACGACAUACAGGAGAUCAUGAAAUCAGUUGACGAAGAACGCCUAACCAAUAUCAAUGAGCUUCGCAAAUUCAGGACUGAAAUUAACCAGUUCCUGGAUAAGAGGGAGCACGAACUCUUGGCAGAAAUUGAUCAGAAGAAACAAACAUCAAAGACACUGCUAGAUGAACUGAAAUCAAAAUGUACAAACAUGAAAUCAUCCAUUGAAAAAAUAAAUUCAGAGCUACAAGCACAGGAUGACAACAGCAAUCAGCUGUUAAUAGUAGGAAAGCGAGCUAUAAAAGAACUGGGGAGUCUCCGCGCAGCCCUUGAAGAGGUGAGCAGGAGGAGUGAAGUUCCCCGAUACAAGUUUAACAUGGACCCCGCAACUGAGAAGUUAAUAGCUUCCGAAAAACCAAUACGACGGUUGGAAGAGGACGAAUCAACGUCGGCGUUAGGGCAGCAACACCGACAACAGCAAACGAAGCAGGAACAACGGCUACAGGAGACGAUGCAACAACACCAAAAACAGAUGGAAGCUGUAUCAAAAAAAGCCCACUUCAAAGACAGUGCAGACCUUAGCCGGGCAAAGUUCAUCAGUCAGCCUGACAUUUCAGUGAAGACAUUAGAUAACACCAUUGACUGCCGGCUGACCUGUGUGACCCUCCUGGCUGGGGAGAGGCUACUGCUGUCUGAUUGCCACAAUCGCUCAUUAAAACUGGUUGACACCAAGAACAACAAGGUGGUGUCUCAGGUGAAACUGCCGGGUCAGCCGUGGGACUUGUGUCUCCUGCCCGGGGACAAGGCAGCCGCCACUCUGCCUUCGAAGAAGAAGAUACAGGUCGUUUUUACUCAGGGAAAUGUCACUCUACAGAAUGUUGUUAAAGUGGAUGGAGAAUGUCGUGGAAUAGAUUUCUGUGGUGACAACCUGAUAGUGUCCUUCAUCCUCCCAGGUAAGGUUGUGAUGAUGGACAUGAAGGGAAAGGUGAAGAAAAGUGUGUACAAAGACAGCAGUGGAAAACCUUUGUUUCAGGAUCCUGAGUAUCUGACAGUGACCAGGGAGAACCAGACUCCUCCGGUCAUAUAUGUCUCAGACAGGGACACCCACACCAUAACCAAGCUGAGCAUCUCACUGGAGGUGCUCCAGUCCUACCAAGACCCGAUACUGAAAUCACCUCGUGGUCUGGCACCCGUGGGGGACAACCAGCUGCUCGUGUGUGGGUGGGGCAGUAACAGCAUCCUGUUACUGGACACGCUCACCGGCAAGAUAACCCAACUGCUGGGGAAGGAAGAGGGGAUAGAGUGGCCACGCAGUGUGGCUUACUGUCCACUGAGGAAGAUGGUGUUUGUUACCAACAGUCAGGAUGACAAACCUGAAUUGCAGAAUUUCGUAAAAGUAUUCAACUUAGUAUAGAUCAUGUCAGUCAAUUAAUAUGAGUGAAAUCUUUUAUCAGGUGUGAAGUAAUUGUUAUGUUUUAGAAUAAUUAUAAUGUAUAGUUUCAUACUGACAAUAUGCUUAUACAAAGCUUAGUUUCAUAUAUCGCGCAAUUUAAUUCUUGUGUUUCAUAGUAUAAAACUGACACUAAGCUUAUACAAUGCUUAAUUUCACAUAUCGCGCAAUUCAAUGAGUGUAUACUGUGUGAGUAUUUGACGAAAACUUGACGUUCAAAUUAUGUUGAAUUCUAACAGUUCUCAUAAGUUACAUGUUGUGUAGUAAUUUGUAAUUAGAAAUGAAUAUACGAGUAUGAGAAAGUGUAUUAUUAAUUGAAAUGUGACCAGCCGAUUGUGUAUGAAUUAUACUAGCAAGUUGGCUUCAUUACACUCAUAAACGAAGUUUAGGUGAACGUUGUAAAUGUUUAAUCAAACAUUGUUAUUGUAAUUGAAAUAUUAAGAAUAUAGAGUAAUAGAAACAGUGUGUCAUUUUUCCAUGCAGCUUGUAUUUAGUAAAUAUGAUGUGUAUAAUGCGUUUAUAUUGAAAUUAAACAUACAUGUACGUAUCCUUAUACAUGUAUAUUGAAUGAAUAAUUCUAUAGACAUUGACCUAAGUGUAAAUUGUUCCCAAAAAGAUGGAUUGAAUUAUUUAAACAGACAUUGACCAUAGUUAAAAUAGUUCCUCAUAUAUUAAUUUAAUGAUUCAACAGCCAUUGACCAAUG